AUGCGGACCGUCCUCGUCAUGCGGUCGAUCCUCAAGGACGAGCUCUUUCCGAUUGACGCGGCAACAUGGACCGUCGACACGAAACAAUGGAUGGUGGCCGACAAGCUCGACGACGGCCACACGCUGUGCCGCACCUACUACUCCAUCAAGCACCCGAGCACCGAGGCGGGCCACGUCCCGCUGCGAGAGCUCGCGACGUGUUUCUGCCAUGCACCAACAAGCGACGCGGAAGCGGAGAAGAUGCUGCGCGACCGCUUCCUCCUCGUCCAGCGA